AUGGUUACUCCACGUCGUCUCAAGAUUGCCCUCAUCGGUCUCGGCCGUCUGGGUGCAAUCCGUGCACGCAUUCUCGCUUUCCAGCAGCCUCGCAUUGAGCUUGUCGCCGCUUGCGACACCAAAGCCGGGAGCGACGAGUGGGCGGCGGCUAAUCUUCCACCUUCCGUCAAAUAUUUUGCGGAUCCCAACGAUUGCAUGAGGAACAGCGGUGCCGAUGCCGUUCUCAUUUCGACGGCGACGGCGACGCACGCUCCCCUGAUCUGCAUGGCUCUUGACCUGGGGUUGCACGUCAUGUGCGAGAAGCCCAUCUCGGUGGAUGUCAUCACUACCGAAGAGGUCCUUGCUAAGGCUAAGUCGAAGCCUCAUCUCAAGUUCCUAGUUCCCUUCUGUCGACGAUACGACGACUCGUAUCGUGCUGCCAAGGAGGCGGUCAAGAGUGGCUCGCUGGGCGAGAUCCACGCUGUCGAGACUACCUGCCUCGACCAGCAGGACCCUACUGGAUUUUUCGUCACCUUCUCUGCGCAGUCCGGAGGUAUCUUUGUUGACAUGGGAGUCCACGACAUUGAUAUUGGUCGAUACUACCUGGAUGUUAAGUCGGGCCUGACCAACCCAAAGAAGCAAGUCAACAGAGUCAUUGCCAUGGGCCAGCAGGCUGUCUAUGGCGAUCUUGCCAAGUACGGCGACUGUGACAACGGAUGGGGUAUGGUUGAAUUUGCCAACGGCAAAGUUCUCACCACCCACUUAGGCCGCACUCUCACCAACGGCUUCGAGGGCUGCACCCGCGUGUGUGGUACCAAAGGCCAUUCUGUCAUCAACGGCAACUCCGCGAUCAACCGUGUUGAGAUUCGUGACUCGUACGGUGUACGAACGGCUACUACCCCUGAUGCAUUUGUUCUCUACGACAAGUCCUUCCUCAAUGACCUGGCCGAAUUCGCCACUGCUGUUCUCGAUGAUCAGCCCCUGACUUGCACUCCGGACGAUGCCUAUGAGGCGGCCAAAAUUGCCACCGCUCUACAGUACUCGUUCCGCAACCGGGUGCCUGUCUACUUUGAUGGCGACGGGCUACCUAUCAUGGAAACUCCAAAAGUUAAUGGUCAUUGA